AAUGACGUCAGCAAAGAAAAUCCGGUUUGUUUUUGAAUGAUCAAAGGUUCGUAGAAUGUUUUUCUCGCUCGGGUUAAAGGUCAAAUAAUACGAUAUAAGAGUACAUUCGUUACUACGAAGUUCAGUAAAAUGGAAGAAAAGUUAGAGUAUCAAUCGGGAUUCGGUAGCCAUUUUUCAUCCGAAGAUCCUCGUUGCCCGGGUUCAUUGCCUAAAGGACAGAACAGUCCGCAAGUAUGUCCUUACGGCUUGUAUGCGGAGCAGCUUUCCGGAACCGCAUUUACAGCACCCAGAGAACACAAUUUUCGAAGUUGGCUGUACAGGAUCAGACCUUCGGUCCUCCACAAUCCUUUUAAGAAACUCGACAACGGAAACUUGACAUACGAAUGGAGUAAAAAUGAUCCUAAUCCUAAUCAGAUGAGAUGGUUGCCAUUCGAUAUUCCCAAUUCUAAACACGAGAAAGUGGACUUUGUGCAGGGUCUAAAUACUCUCUGUGGGGCUGGCGAAGCGAAGAGUAGACACGGUUGUGCGAUACAUAUUUACUGCUGUAAUGCCUCUAUGAAAAACAAGUGUUUCUAUAACGCUGAUGGUGACUUUUUAAUAGUUCCUCAGAAAGGCAAUUUGUUUAUCACCACCGAAUUUGGCAGGAUGCUGGUGAAGCCAAAUGAGAUCUGUGUCAUCCAGCAAGGUAUGAGAUUCAGUGUCAAGGUAGAGGGGCAGAGCAGAGGAUACAUCUUAGAAGUAUACGAUAAUCACUUUGUUCUUCCAAAUCUUGGUCCUAUAGGUGCUAACGGGUUAGCAAAUCCUAGAGAUUUCCUCACACCUACUGCUUGGUUUGAGGACGUAGAGGAGAGUUAUUCCAUUAUCAGCAAGUAUCAAGGAAAGCUAUUUAUAGCAGAACAGGAUCACUCUCCGUUUGAUGUGGUAGCUUGGCAUGGAAAUUAUGCUCCUUACAAGUACAAUCUCGCCUAUUUUAAUACUGUUAAUACCGUUUCUUUCGAUCAUUCAGAUCCCUCGAUUUUUACUGUAUUGACGUGCACUUCAUCUAAACCCGGAGUGGGCAUUGCUGACUUUGUUAUAUUCCCUCCUCGAUGGUCUGUAGCAGAACACACUUUCCGACCACCAUAUUUUCAUCGUAACUGCAUGAGCGAAUUUAUGGGUUUAAUACAAGGAGCCUACGAAGCCAAAGAGACAGGAUUUUUGCCAGGAGGAGCCACUUUGCACAGCAUGAUGACUCCUCACGGCCCCGAUAACGAGUGUUUCAGGAAGAGUAGCAAUGCCCAUUUGGUUCCUGAAAGAGUGGCCGAUGGCACAAUGGCUUUCAUGUUUGAAAGUUCUCUGGGUUUGGCCAUAACUCAAUGGGGAGAAAAGACGUGUCAAAAAUUGGAUUGCGAUUAUUACAAAUGCUGGCAAAAAUUAAAGAAGCACUUUAACCCUAACUGGAAACCGGAAACUAAGUAAUGGCGAGUGAAGCUUAAAUUUCGGAAUCUGUUCCUGUAUUUGGAUUAAAGAUCAUUCCACUCGAAGAACAAUGAAGUGGAUUUUAACAAGAAAAAGUUUGUAUUUUGUUACCUUAAACAUUAAAAGUAACAAUAAAUUGGAUAAUAAAAGAGCGAUAU